CCAUCGGCGAAGAGGAGACCGGCCCACGCAACAAAAUAAAUGCUAUCAGUCACAACUAUCAGUAAAGGCAGCACUGAAAAUCCAAAUAUGGCACAGAAACCUCUAUACACCAUACCAAUAAACGAUAGACCUCCCCAUGGUCCCUGGACAUCCAAAAUACUCUUUCCAGUCAUUUUUACCCUCGCCCAAUUAAGUAUCAACUCUGCUCAAUUUUUGCUCGUACCAUUACUCUUAGUGCCCUUUGUGGGGAAGCGACUUUUCUCUCGCGCUAUUGGAUGGACUAAGGAUGGAUAUGGACGACUUCGUGAGUGUCACUCCACUGUUUGACCUGAUAGCAAUGCAGUUAUUGCGAUCACUGUUCUCUUCGGACCGACGCAGUUUGCAAUCACCACCGACACGCCGCCGCCUCACGGCCAAACCCUUGUCGAACGCGAUAUGAAUGGACAAGUUGUAAAGAUAAACCUACCUGACCGUUUGGUGAUCAUGGCCAACCACCAAGCGUACCUGGACUGGAUAUACAUCUGGAUCCUUGCAUGUUAUGCUGGACAUUCGGCGGGGCUGAUCAUUUUGUUGAAGGCCAGUCUCAAGAAUAUUCCAGUGAUAGGAUGGGGCAUGCGUUUUUUCAAUUUCAUUUUUCUUAGGCGGUCUUGGGUCGCCGAUAGAGACAACCUAACGUUGGCCUUAAGACAAUUAGGCCAAGAAGCACAGUCUGGCCAAGAGAACUCCGAAACGGCGACAUUACUUCCUUUGAGGAAGAGGUCGCCUCUUUGGCUUCUCAUUUUUCCAGAAGGAACCAUCAUCAGCGAUGAAGAGCGGGUCAAAAGCAUCAAAUAUGCCAAAAAGGAAGGCGUUGAUGAUUUCGCAACCUUGUUGCAUCCGCGAUCGACAGGACUUUUAUUUUGUUUGAGGACAUUGUUACCCCAGAUUCCCGAUCUUAAUUUGUUAGAUAUUACGAUAGGCUACCCAGGAGUGCCGUUUGGAAACUAUCCGCAGAAUUGGUAUGGGCUAUUCUCUGUAUUCCUUAAAUCCGUACCGCCUCCCACGGUAUACUUACACCUACACGUCUAUUCCCAUCUUGGAGAACCCGAAUGCAAAAUACCGUCUCUCGUGCCCAGGCGAUCAUCAAAUGUCUCAGGGCUGUCUACAGAUUCGGGCUUAGCAAAUGCGGAAGAAGCUCGCGCUUUUGAACUUUGGCUACGCAAUUUAUGGACAGCGAAAGAGAGGCGCAUGGAACAAUUUUACGAGUCUCAACGAUUUGGCGGCCCUUGUGACAUAGUGCCAAUUCAACAAAUCAAAUGGUAUCACUGGAUAUCUGCAAUUGGAGGUGGUGGGCUUGGGACUGUAGUUCUUCUUGCGUUUUGUAUUUGGUUUGCGGUGUGCAGAUGAUAAAUCUGUUGAUGGAUUACGCGGAGCUACUGUUGUAUGCCACUCCACACAUAUGAUGUACCUGUUCCCGUCUUCCUGUAGCAUGUCAAACGUA